ACUGUGACGCUAGAAGCUACGACGUUUCCGGCCAGCUCAGCGCGUCUCUCCUGUGGUGUUGUCACUUUUACAGCCCGCCCGUCCGUCAGACAAACGCUGCUGCCAACCAGCUGGGACUUUCUCCGGGUCGUGGACACAAAGCGGGACCUUUCGCAGAGAUGUUGCUGCUGACGAUGAUCGCUCGGCUGGCGGACGGUCUGCCGCUGGCCGCUUCCAUGCAGGAGGACGAGCAGGGAAGCGAGAAGGUGGGUCGAGAUCUUCAGCAAUACCAGACUCAGGCUAAGCAGCUUUUCAGGAAGCUCAACGAGCAGAGUCCCACACGGUGCACGUUAGAGGCUGGCUCCAUGGCGUUUCACUAUUUCAUAGAGCAAGGAGUGUGCUACCUGGUGCUGUGUGAAGCCAGCUUUCCCAAGAAGUUAGCAUUUGCUUACCUCGAGGACCUGCAGGCGGAGUUUCACGAGCAGCAUGGAAAGAAGGUCCAAACAGUAUCUCGUCCGUACUCCUUCAUUGAGUUUGACACCUACAUUCAAAAAACCAAGAAGUCGUACAUCGACAGCCGAGCAAGAAGGAAUCUGGGCAACAUCAACACGGAGCUCCAGGAUGUGCAGAGGAUCAUGGUGGCUAACAUAGAGGAGGUUCUACAGAGAGGGGAGGCUCUCUCUGCACUAGACUCGAAGGCCAGCAACUUGUCCAGCCUGUCAAAAAAGUACAGGAGCGACGCCAAAUACCUGAACACCCGCUCCACCUACGCCAAGCUGGCAGCAGGUGGCGUCUUUUUCAUCAUGCUUAUUGUCUACGUGCGCUUCUGGUGGCUCUGAGUGACAGGGGAGGAGGAGAAGAAGAGGAAGGAGGUAGAGAAGUGGAAAAUGAGCCACAUGCAGUCUGUGGACGUGGGGAGAAAGCUUUCGCUUUUGAUGAAAAACAGGAUCCCUGCUUCUUAAGGAGACUUUACAGACAUGCUGUACCACUGCUCUGUCUGUCCUCACCUUGUCCAUGUGUGGGUGUUUGAUCUGAAGAUAAAUGAUGUCAGAAUGCUUCAUUUUACUGUUAACAGUUAUACAGUAAUCUUCUCGAAGUUGCCCUGAAUUUCAGAGUAAAUUAGUAAACGUGUGUGAGAGAAUGAGGGUUGCCUGUUUAUGAAGGUGGUUUGUGGGUCAGUGAAGAGGAAAACGAAGAGCAUUUUCUGUGUUGUGAGUUUCUAAAGCUGUUCUGAACUAUAAAAGAAGUGUGUGGUUUAAUCUUCUGUAUGUCUAAUUAUACAGAUGAAGGAACUAAUCACCCUUAUUCUUAAAGCCAGAUCACAUUACUUUGGCAAUACUUGUUUUUUAACAUCCUUAUAGUUGGGAUAACCUAAUGGAUUAUACUCUAAAUUCACAAAUAUAUAGAAAAACAUGAGAUUAAAAGUAAAUAAGGGUACAUGAUACAAAGCAAAAAAAACUUGCAUAAUUUCCUACUGUUAAAGCAAGUAAACCUGUCUGAUUUUUGUGUUUUUCACGUCUAUUAUGGGAUGCUGGUAACACUAAAAGUUAUUGUUAUUAAGAUAAUCUGCAGCUGCAGCUUAAUUUGGCUCAAGCCGACCUGAAUUUCAGCAUUUUCUUGCAAGGUAAAUGUGGAUGCAUGUGGCUAGGAACUCAUUAAUGUGCUUCAUAUUGCACACAGAAGACAGCACUAGAGAUGCACCGAUCAAUCAACCAAAGAUCAGAAUCACAAUUUUCAUAUUAUGUACAAACGUCAGAUCUGGUAUUGUAAGAUUUAAUCUUUUGGCUCCCUGUUCUUAGCCUUUAACCUUAACAUCAAACAGAAUGCACUGUGCUGCACAUUUUUCCAGACUAGACAAAGAUUUUGCAUAAAUGGGGGAAAUCUGGUAAUUUGUUGUUUUCUCUUGGAUUCAAAACUAUCCCAAACAAAGAAGCACAUUGUGUUUCUUAGAUUAAGAUCAGGAUUAGGCUUUUAUUUUCUGCCAAAAAACAGAAAAACAGUAGGUCUCACCUUGAGGAAAAAGCCUGAUCGGUGCAUCUCUAAAAGCAGCCUUGUUUUUUUAUAUCACUUUAGUCAACUAAGCAACAGAAUCGCUUAAUUCAUGUUUCUAUUGCCUCAGUUCUCAGUUAAAUUUUUAUUCUUUGUCUUAUUAGGUUCAAAUUUACAUUAACCUUUUUAAAAGACUGGUGGGAAUAUUCUGAAUUUACAUUUACCAUUAGUGGAAUCGCUUCCACCAGUCCCUGUAAGUUAUUAAAUUAAUUAAAGCUGCGAUCUACGUAAUCCAUUUCUUAAGUUUUAUGCAUUGCUUUUUAUAGCUGACAAUGAUAAGUUGGAGCUAAACCGAAACAAAACGUACAGUUGGAAUUACUGGCACCCCUGAACUGUAAGCAGAAUAAAUGCCUAAAUAAAAAAAUACCUAACUUUGCA